AUGAGACUCCAUUCCCCUCUCCUUGCAGCCCUCUGGCUGAGCCUCUGCCCAAGUGUCCUGGCACAAGACCCUUCAGCGCAGCCUCCGGCACCUGGCGUCCCUGCACCGGACGCCUCGGGCUCUUUAUCCCUCAACACCGACCAGCCCUCAUGGACGUUUGAUUACUCAACGAAGAGUGCCGGCAUGUCCAAUUGGAUUGGUCUUUACUACAGCGCCGGCGGAGGCCCUGUUGAACAGAAGAAGGGCGCUUCUAAUUCUAUCAAGUGGAAGUGGGCUCCUCACGCUCAGGGCUCCGUGCAGAUUGAUAGUGGCAGUCUUGAGCCUGGAAACUAUACGGCUUUCUUCCUUGCAAAUGGCGGUUACACAUGGCUUGCCCAGCCUCUUGAGGUCAUCAAGGCUCGUGAGUUUGGUGGAGACGUGAGCUUUAUUGUUUCUGACGUCAGCCUUCCUAACGGCCGUGUCGACGAUAAGUAUUCGCAAAGCAUCAGUGGUUUACUACGUGGUGGAAGCGGUGAUGUGAGCUUUUCAAAAGAAGGCUCCAACGCGGACUGGAUCAAGGUCAGCGCUGAUGGUAUCAUCUCUGGAACACCCACAUCAAGCUCCGAAGAGGCCGUUGUGACUGUCCGCGCUACUGGCACCGACUCUGCUUCAUCCGCCGUCUUCACUAUCAAUAUCGCCAAGUCCGGCAAUGCUCUCCUCGGCCAACUCAAGGUUCUGACUCUCAACAUGUGGAACGGCGGUACUCGAGUUUCAAACUACCAUGACAAGCAGGUCAAGUUCCUUGCUUCGUCAGGCGCUGAUAUCGUCGGUAUCCAGGAGGACCAGCAGGGCCGACAUGUUGCUCGUCUCGCCGAUGCCCUCGGUUGGUACUACUGGUCCAGUGGCGGUGAUGUCGGUAUUCUCAGCAAGUACCCCAUCGUCGACGACUACGGUGUCAUCAGUGGCCCUGCCCGCUCUGGUGGUGUCAAGAUUGCUCUUGAUGGCAAGAACCAGCAGAUCAACUUCUUCGUCGCUCACUUGGGCUACACUCCUUACGGACCCUACGACACUUGCUUCGACCAUUACCCUGUCGACAAGAUCCUUGAGCGCGAGGCUCAAUCCGGCCGUACUCCUCAGAUGGAGGCUACUCUGUCCGGCAUGAAGAGCCAGCUAGACAACGCGGACGAUAUCCCCGUCCUAUUCGUCGGCGACUUCAACGCCCCAUCGCACCUCGACUAUGUCGACGGCCUCAAGGAGAAGAACUGUGGGUACUCCGGCGUUAAGUGGCCAACCUCUGUGCUUCCCGAGGAGGCUGGCCUCAUCGACUCGUUCCGCGUUGCGCACCCCGAUCCCGUCGCCGAGCAGGGUAUCACCUGGUCGCCGAUCUACAUCUGGAACGGCGGCAGACGACGACCCGAGCCCCUUGACCGAAUUGACUUUAUCCUGCACAAGGGUAAGGGUCUUAAGGUGACUGACUCGCACACUGUGGUUGUCGGCGAGCCUAAGCCUCAGCCUAACCACGGGGAUAACGAGUGGUUCUCGGACCACAAGUCUGUUUUGACGACUUAUGAGCUGUAA